AAACUAGCCAUUGUGCGUCGGUGCGUGUGUGACGCGCGUGGGACGCCACGUCGUAGUCGGAGAGCACGUGCCGCGAGCGCUCGGCAUGGUCGACAGCAACACCGUCAUCGAAGGCACCGUCAAGUUCCGAGAUGGCAAAAAGUGGAAGUCCCGUUGGUGUGUGAUGAGAAAGCUGUCCCCAGUCGCAGACUGUCUGCACCUGCAGCUGUACCGCGACAGCAAGGAGAGAUACAAACAGGGCCAGACGAAGGCCUCUCUGUCGCUGCAACAUUUCCUCGCUAUUGAAACAGGGUUCACUUUAGAUAAAGAAUCGAAUACGAUAGCAAUAAUUUGUCAAGACGUAACUGUAAUUCUGGCGUUCGAUACAAGAGAGAGGUUAAUGCAAUGGCAGGUGAAGAUAUCCAGCAACUUAGGAGAAGACGUGCAGUUCCUCAUCCAAAUGUCGUCGGCGCCUCCACGCGCCAAGAUCGCCGCUGGACCAGCGCGCCUUCACGUCCAGGAGCAGCGCUUCUGCCUCACUUCUGGCGUACCUCCCAGGCUACUCGGCUUCUGGGACAUCAGCCAGCUCAGGCGCUAUGGCGUGGUGGAGGGCAGGUUCGUGUUUGAGGGUGGCUCCCGCUGCGGGAAAGGCGAGGGAGUGCACGUGUGCGUCACGGACCAGGGCGACGAGAUCACCAGGACCUUCCAGAUGGCGGCCCAGGGAAAGGUGGCCACCAGGAGGAGGCCGCGGAACGUCUCCGCGGCGAGCAGUCCGCGCCGCCACCGCCAGCCCACCGACGUCAUCAGCGCCGAGGCUCUGCAGCAGCGCCUGCUGGCGGCAGAGGGCGCCUUCGCGCCGCCCAACGGCAGCGCCGCCUGCUGCGGCCUCUGCCAGCACGACGCCUGCGCUCUCUCCCGCCAGCCCAGCACCGAGAAUCUCGUCUGCCACUGCAGGCUGCACGGGACGGGAGAGGGCGAGCCGCCCAUGUGGAUGUCGACGGAGACGACGCCUGUGGGCUGCGGCGGGGCCGGCCAGCUGCAGCUGGAGCUGGACAGCAACUACGGCUGCGGCGACGCGGGCUCCGUCAGCGACCUUUCCUCCGACCAGCACUACUGCUGGCCGCCCGCCGCGGGGCACGGCGCGCUCACGCCCGCUAUGGGCCUGGACCGGUGCGUGAGCUGCAUGAGCAAGCUGGGCGCCAUGUCGCGCUCGUCGACGGCGACCACGUACCCCAACACGCCGGCGCAGCCCUUCAGCCCCGCCUGGACCAUGGAGCCGCCCGCCGAGCUGGAGGAGCCGCUGCCGCCGCAGCAGCAGCCGCCCCCGCCGCCUCCGGGCAGCAGCCAGUCCGAGUACUGCGUGCCGCGGCCACGCCUGCUCAGCCCCACGUCCUCCUGCAGUACAGCCCCCACCUCUGCGGCUGCGCCUCCUGCCAGUGGUCAAGCCACCGCAGGAGGCCACCCUCCCCAGCCCCCUUGCAGGUGCUGCCAGUGCUGCCCCCCUAAGGUGACGGAGGGCGGCGACCGCGCAGACUCUCCGCCCGGCGGCUGCAAGGCGCGCCUGCGGCCGCUGCCCCUGGUGACGACGCACCUGCCGCAGCAGCCGGCGCGCCGCCAGUGCAGCUGCUCCGUGCUGCGGACCACCGUCGCCGUCAUCGAGCACCACUCCGCCGCCGCAGACCCCUCGGCGCUCUACGACACGCCCAAGGCGCUGCUGCCCGGGCCGCCGCUCAGGGACGACGCAGGGGAGACGUACGACACGCCGCGACAGGUGCGCGAGCGCCUGGCCAUGGCGGACCACUACGACGUGCCGCCGGCGGCGCGGCCCGCAAGCUGCCCCUGCCACCGCGUGCUGUCCUGGGUGCGGCUGCCCUACUGCCGCAGGGGCAGCGGCGUCGACCACUCGGCCACGCAGGUACCCAUCACCAGGGUACCACUCAGCGGUCAGGGGAAGAUGCCAGUCGUCAAUCAACGAGGGGAAAUAGCGAUCUACGCAACGGUCGACAAGUCUAAAAAGACGAACAAGCGCACCCGAGAAGCGGCCGUCAGCUCGACGACGCAAGAUGGAGUCACACCUGCUGCUUUACCCACGACCGAACAACAGGCUUCAAAGGCUGACCCUGAUGUCAACAAUUACGUCAACGUCGACGGGGGCGUUUGUCAGGAAGACAAUACCGAUGGCAACAGUACGGUUCCCAGUUUUGACGCGACUAAUUAUGAAAACAUCGACUUCGCCCAGUCACUUGAGUACUACGAGAAUUCUCGGGAUAUCCUGUCGAAGGUUUCAUUGGUUGCUCAGAGCGGCGACCAGAAUUCCAGUGACAGUGCCCUUGAUGACGGUAUUCGAAAUGGUUUGACGGAAGGAGCCGUGACGUUCUGCGCGAAAUGUGGUCACGAGUGCGCAGACACUAUUGCCGACCACUCUGACAAUCAGAACGGUAGCAAAGUGAAUCCCAGUGCUUCUCUAGCUACGUGUGAAGGAAAAGUUGCGAAACCCGACGUCGAAGACGAUUAUUUGAUGAUGGAACCGACGAAGAAUGGGCGUGCGGGAGAAAGUGGAAACACCUUGGAGGCCGUCAGCGGUACGACGAAUGGCAGCUUCCCAGGCUACCUCCCUAUGUCCCCUAUCACGAGUGUCAACUCGUCCAGUAACAAGAUAGAGACACUGAAACUGCAGGUGGACCACAAUUCCUUAAACUGCCCGUCGGUUGAGAAGUCUGUGAGUGUUCCCAGCCUGCUGACCGGUGAAAUGGAGCGGUGCGUCAGGAGGUGCGACUUCUCGUGCCAGCGGGUGGUGUGCGGUUCUACGGUGACGGUGGUCCACCACCAACAGGUGUUCCACCAGCACCAACACUACAACGGCGACAGCCUGCGGCGACACCUGCUGACGCCCAGCGAGGAGGCGCGGCACCGCGGCAGCUUCGCCUACAGGAAGCGCUCCAGCUCGGCGGACUCGUCGAGGUACCUGGACGAGUUCGACGAGCGCGACGGCGCCGAGCACGACCGGCCCAUCUCGACGUCGCAGUCCAACUUCUGUAUCCCGGCGGCCCAGGACGAGCCGUCGCAGACGCCGCCCGUCCCGCCGAAGAGCAGUGCGCUGACGAAGCAGACCGCGAGUGUGGUGUGUGGUGACGGCUCGAAAGCGGAGGGUAUAGUGUCGCCGUUGAGUGGCGUAGUGAACGUGACCAGUGAGCAGGAAGUGUUACCUAAAGUGCACAGUGCGAAGCGCGAGUCCCGGGUUGUUGUGGAACCGGCUGUCGAGGUUACGGAGUGCAGCACAAUAGAGUCUACAGACAGCCCAGCAGCGGAUUCGGACGCACCAGCGGUGGCGGUGCCUGCGGUGGGUCUGGCGCCCCGGGUGCGUCGCUCUUCGAGCCUGGCGCAGGCGGCGGGCAACCGCGACUCGUCCAGCUCGAGCGACUCCGGGGUGUCGACGUGCUCGUCGCUGCUGCUGGUGCGGCCCGCGGCGGCCGCCACCACGACGGCGGCGCGCGACUUCGAGCUGCCGCUGACGACGGCGCUGUCGAGCCGCAAGCACCAGCAGCAGCGCCUGCUCGACCAGCUGGACGGCGAGGCCUGUCUGCACGCCUCGCUGCCGCGCCGCUCCAAGUCGGUCGACCCGCUGCGAGACAUCUCCUUCCAGUUCCACCGGGACAGGGCCCGGGACGCCCCCAAGUCCACCUCCGCCGAGGCGGAGGUGCCCGUCUGCCUCAAGAACAGAGGUUUCCAGAGCCCCGGCGGAGACAGCGCCAUCGUGGUGCCGUACCCAGACUCCCGUUCGACCAGCAGCGGCACCUCAGACAUGUCCGACUACAUCGAGACGCUCUCCUUGUCUUCGCACAGCUCUUCCGACGUCACGGAGUCAAUUAGGCUGGGAAGGCAGGCGACGACGAUGCUGCGGCCGCGGUCAGGGAAGGAGUACCAGCCCAUCAACCAGUCCAUCCUGGAGAGGGACGUCGCGCUCAACUAGGGGGCCCCACCACACAUCUUGCUCAACGACAGCCGAACCGUCUUCUCGCAAUAACUACGCUCUUCUCGCCAGUUUUAUAGCAUGGAACCGCUUACUCUCGCAAUAAUCUGAUGAGACCUGCCUUUGUACUAGUCUACUUUUGCGAACGGCUUCGGCUGUACCUCGAAGUCGUUCGUGACAACUCCGAUAAGACUGUCAAAACUACAAAAAAUAAUUUCUUCCAUUUUAUUUUCAUUGUAUGCAUAAUGUAAAGUGUGAAUAUGAUGUAAUUCCUUCUACUAUGUAACGUGUAUAAAGAAAGUCAUUUUUCUUCAUGUGAUAAGCAAUUUUCAACUCGUGACAGAUAUUUAAUCAGGACACACUGUUCGAGCUACU